UCAUAUCUAAUAAAGCUCUCUGAUCGGAAGGAACUGCACCGGAAUUACAGACGAUUUCAUCAGAAUGGGCAAAGAUUACUACAAAAUUCUGGGCAUCGAACGGAAUGCAUCCAGUGAAGAAGUGAAAAAAGGUUACAGGCGGAUGGCGCUGCGCUACCAUCCGGACAAGAAUAACCAUCCACAGGCGGAGGAUAAGUUCAAGGAGGUGGCGGCAGCGUACGAGAUCCUGUCCGACAAAGAGAAGCGAGCGAUCUAUGAUAAGUACGGUGAGGAGGACCUUAAGUUCGGUGAGAGGCCGGUUCCCUUCGCUCAACCCACGUCCGAUAUGCUGCUGUUCAUGGUUGCCAUUGGCGGAGUCGCUCUAUUCGCCUUUGGCGCCUAUAAAGCAUUCCAGCACUUCACAGGCAAAAAAGAGACGUCGUCCAGCAACGAUGGCUCGUCCUCGGACGAAGGCCGUAGCCAGCCCAAAAUCUCAAAGGGCAAACGCAAAAAAAAUGAAGGGAGCUCAACAUUUCAAAUGGCGCCAAAAAUGCCAAAAGGGUGCCAACAGAACCGGAAAGGUAGCUGCGCGCACGUCCCUGCCUCGGACUAAAGUACAAUGAGGAUCAUACUCAAAAUAAGUUAAGAGAUCUGCACACGAGAAUAUAUGUAUUUUCAACAUUGCUGCCCUGUUAAUUUACAAUAAAAAAAUAAAAAAAAAGUUUUCGCGUUAUCUACUCAGUAAACCACUUUUUUAAGCUCAUGUGUGUGUGUAUAUAUAUUUAUAUAUAAAAGAGAACUAACGCAAUAAACACGGCUUAUAUUAA